CGUUCCCUCUUUGGUCCCUCCCAUAGGGUUCCUAUCCUGGCUGUGUUGUCUAGGAUUGCUAUAAUUUUCCUCUUGAGGGAGUGGGGGAUCCCCUUUCUCAGGGUUUUACUCUUGCCCUUUCCCUCCAUGUCCUCUUCUCUUGCUUUCUCUGUUGGUCUCCUCCCCAUGCCCUCUUUCCCUUUUGGGUCGGAGUUCCAAUCCAGCCAUGGGGUAGGGCAGCCUCUCUAUUACCCCAACCCGCUUCCAGGCAAACCUUCCCUGCACCUCCAGGGGUACCAGGGCCAUGGGACAAUACUCCCCAUCCCCGUGGAUGCAUUCCACCAGCAUCCUUUCUCCAGGGACAAGCCAAUGCGGUUUCACCAAGCGCUGCUGUAUGAGGGAGUGGGCUGAGGCCGUAUCCACUAGACCCCUCUGGGGCUUUCUCCCAACCCACACGGGGAUGGUGGCUAUUCCACGCCUCUUCUUCCACUCCCCAACCUUGGUUCAACUGCAGAAUACAGCAGCCCCACAGUUCAUCACCAGACAGUCCUGGCUCUUAUGCCCCGGGUGUCCACAGCGCCAGCAUACAAGCUGUCUCAGGGUGGCUAGGGGUUCCCUUGUGCUCCUCCCGUCACUUGUCUACCGGCUUCCGAGCGGGAUGCUUAGAGAGUUUCUUGCCUCCCUCUGUGUCUCGCAGGGUCCAGUGCUCCCUCGGGGGGAAAACUGCCUCUGCAUAUUCCUCCGUCCUUUUGACCGUGGCUUCUACAGUGCCAGGCUGAUGUCACCGCACCCAGACCCGCAUGCUACCAGGGAGGAACUGCACGAACAGUUCGAGGAUCACCUGAUCCAUAAUCUGCCCCAUUGUUUGGACAUCGGGCCUGAACCACUGCGUCACCCAGUCCGUCAAUUUCUGGGUGAAGGCCCGGAGGAGGGAAAUGAACACACACACAAAGAAAUGUAAAUACAAGCAGAACCCCAUUUAUCUGCUCUAAUUAAGACCAGGGCCAGAUCAGAUAAUCAAACAUUUGGAUAAGUCAGAGAAUGAGAAAGUAUGAGGCUGCAGCACCAUCUAGCGGCCACAGACAUUCUCAUCACUGUGGAACGCUGCUUUGGGGCUCAGGAAACAAGCACUGAGUGGUGGGAUCACAUCGUCCUGCAAGUCUGGGAUGACAAGCAGUGGCUGCAGAACUUCUGGAUGAGAAAAGCCACUUUCGUGGGACUGUGUGAGGAGCUCACCCCCACCCUGCAGCACAAGGACACAAGACUGAGAGCUGCCCUGACGGUGGAGAUGUGGGUGGCUAUUGCAGUCUGGAAGCUGACAACUCCAGACAGCUACCAAUCGGUCGCUAACCAGUUUGGAGUGGGAAAGUCAACCAUUGGAAUCGUGUUGAUGCAAGUUUGCAGGGCCACUAAUCGCAUCCUGCUCAGAAGAACCGUGACUCUGGGUAACAUGUAUGACAUUGUGGCUGGCUUUGCACAAAUGGGUUUCCCUAACUGUGGAGGGGUGAUAGAUGGGAUGCAUAUUCCAAUUCUGGCACCAGCCCACCUAGCCUCCGAGUACAUUAAUCAGAAGGGGUAUUUCUCUAUGGUUCUCCAAGCGCUUGUGGAUCACCGUGGGUGUUUCAUUGACAUUAACGCAGGCUGGCCCGGAAAGGUGCAUGACGCAUGCAUCUUUCGGAACACUGGCAUCUUCAGGAAGCUGCAAGCUGGGACUUUUUUCCCCAAACCAGAGGAUCACUGCAGGGGAAGUCGAAAUGCUCAUUGUGAUCCUUGGAGACCCUGCUUACCCUUUAAUGCCAUGGCUUAUGAAACCCUGCACAGGGAGCCUUGACAGCAGCAAGGAGCAGUUCAACAACAAGCUGAGCCCGUGCAGAAUGACUGUGGGGUGUGCUUUUGGUCAUUUAAAGGGCCGCUGGCACUCUCUGUAUGGGAAGCUGGACCUGGCCGAUGACAGCAUCCCUGUGGUUAUAUCCGCGUGCUGUACCCUCCAUAACAUUUGUGAAGGAAAGGAUCAACGAUUCACUCAGGCAUGGAACUCGGAGAUUCAACACCUGGAGGCUGAAUUUGAACAGCCAGAGGACAGGGCUAUUAGAGGGGCCCAGCAUGGGGCUGCAAGGAUUAGGGAUGCUUUGAGGGAGCAAUUUGAGGCUGAAAGCUACCAGUAAUGUCUGGUGCCCUGCACGGAAGUGAAGUGCAGUGGUUCCAAUGUUAGUAGGAAUCUGUGUUUGCUACAUGUGAUACACUGACUUGCAAUGCCUCUUUCUUUCAUGGGCUAAG